AUGGCAGAAGCUACAGCACAAAGUUUUGCGUUCUUCAUAGCUGGCUUCAAAACAUCUGCGGCGACGGCAUCGUUUGCUCUAUACUUAGCACAAAAUGAAGAUAUACAAGACAAACUUUGGGAGGAAAUUGACGAAGUAUUAAUAAAAUAUGGUGAUUUGACUUACGAUGCUUUAAAUGAUAUGAAAUAUCUUCAAAAAGUGAUAGAUGAAAGUAUGCGCAAAUAUUCAUCUGUUCCUAUCUUGAGUCGAACAACAACAGACAUACACAUACCAAAAGGAACAUUAAUAACUAUACCAGUUCUUGGCAUACACAGAGAUCCGAUGAUAUAUCCGGAUCCGGAUAAAUUUGAUCCGGAAAGAUUCUGCGACGAAAAAAGAAAGGCAUCCGUAUGA